AUGGCGGCAGUUGAAGGAUCGGGGCCCCUUUCGUGGACUCUGAGUAUAUUGCGCAGACCAUGGAAGGUUAUCCCCAACAAUACCUACGCAGAUAUUCAGAGAAUAGCCCCGAUCCAACUGCCCGGCCAGUCUCAAGAGUCAUGGACGUCUGAUGAUGAUGGCGCCGCCCAGACACCUGCUGCGUCCGUGAGUGUCUUCGAUAGGGUCGUUGCCUUUGCGGGUACGCCUCUCGUUUUCUUCCUCACGGUUGCUGGCUUGAUCGCCUGGAUGAUCGUCGGAAUUGUCCUCGGCCCGUCCCAAACGUGGCAGAUUGCAAUCCAGAACGUCAGCUCGAUCCAGUGCUAUGCCUCGGAUACCCUCCUCAUGCGGCAGCAACGGAACAACUUCCGCGACCUGCUGGGCUUGAUCUGUGAACUCCGCUCGCGGAAUACAGCCUGUCAGCGAAUGGUCGAACAGCUGCGUCGGACGAAUCCCAGUUUCUUCGACUCGCAGACGCCGCCCGAGAUGGAAAUCGACCAGAAGAACCUGAACCCGGUCGAACUGGACGUCCAUCAAGUCGAUAACGGCGUCCAUCUCCCGCCGAGUUCCAUAUACGAUAGAAUCUGCGAUCCCAUCGUAUGGGCAUUCAGCUCUCUGUACGCCUGGAUCAUCUUCUGGGCCGGGAUCUUUGUCUGGUUAGGGUUCGGCCACGAGCAACAAUGGGGCAACAAUUGGCAGUUGUAUAUCAAUAGUGCAACGGCUGUAGAACUCACUUUUGUCAGUGUCUUCUUGCAAAAUACCAGACAACGCCACAUGAAUUAUCUCAACGAGUGUUUCAAGUCCAUCACACACGAGGAUAUGCGCCUGGAGCGCCGACUCCGUGAGAUCACGGGCGAUAUAGACCCCAACCCGACUGUGGCGUUCGAGUAUGAUUAUAGGAAGGAAACCACGCGCGGUCAGCGAAUGAUUGAUUAUUAUGCUGCCGUCGUCGGUACGGGAGUCGGAUUGUUUCUGUCGGCGAUGGUGUUCGCCGUGUGGAUCGGCGUAGGGUCGUUGAUGCAGUGGAAUUCGAACUGGUGGUUGAUUAUCGGCACCUAUACAGGGCUCGUGGGUUUCGUCGACGGCUUUGUGUUGCGGAAUAUUUACUUCCGCGGUUCUCGCGCCGUGGACGGACAGUUUGGCGUGCUGGCCGAGGAAGACGCCCGACUAAGCACCUUGCUUGGAAUGUCGACAGUGCCUCAGGACACGGUCGAGAUCGACUCCCUGCAGGCUCGCAUCGCCGAUAAAGUCGGCGAGUGGUGUUCGCGCUCGGGCGUCGUGCUGAGCUCUUUCGUGAUCGUGCUGGCGUUGAUAAUCAUUGCUUCCGGUCUACGCUGGUCGGAAACAGGCCAGCUCCUCUGCAACACGCCGACGAUGAUUAUCGAGGGCUUUCUGUUGUUGGUGUUGAUCCAAACGCACAAUAUGACCAAUACGCACCGUCGUCUGCAGUUCCGCGAUGCUCUGCGGCGAAGAAUGGCGAUUAAUUCGCAGGUAUGUCGGCUCAUGCCGAAGGGAAGUGUAAAUAUUGGUAGUGAAAAAGAGUCUGCCGAUCUCUCGAUAGAACUCGAGACGAGCUCCCCGGAUAGAUGGAUAGACAGUUUGGAUUUCUCAAAGAUAUCCAACACGAGGUCAGAUCUAUCUAUAGCAAUUGCCAAGAACGCCAAUCGCGCUGGUUGA